CGCUGUCAAAGAUAGCUGUGUUACAGUAAACGCGUGUUUCAGCUUCAGUUUGUCCCCAAAACCACUCCAGAAUGGCUUUUCAGUGUCAGCGAGACUGCUAUAUGAAAGAGUUUGUCACCUCCGUAGUAUCCUGCUGCCCAGCGGAGCUCAAACAAGAAGUCAAUGGGAAGAAAGAAACUCUUAAGGGCUUCAAUGUCAAGCUUCAAGACACCAUCCUCUUUCCUGAGGGAGGCGGCCAGCCAGAUGACCACGGGCUGAUUGGAGACGUGCCAGUUUUGAGGGUGACGAGGCAGGGGCCUGAAGCUGUGCACUUUGUGAGCUCACCUCUGGAGGAGGGCCAGGAGGUGCAGGUGAAGGUGGACUGGGAGAGGAGGUUUGACCACAUGCAGCAGCACUCAGGUCAACACUUGGUCACAGCUCUGGCAGAUACUUUUUUCGGAUACAAGACCACAUCCUGGGAACUGGGGCGUCAGAGAAGCACCAUUGAACUGGACACUCCCUCUGUGAAACCUGCCCAGCUCCAGGCCCUGGAGGAAGCUGUAAACGAAAAGAUCAGAGCCCACGUCCCUGUCACUGUUCAGCUCCUCUCUAUAGAUGAUCCUGCCGUGGAAAAGGUGAGGAGCCGAGGGCUCCCAGAGGACCACGCAGGGCCCAUUCGGAUAAUUGAUAUCGAGGGCAUCGAUGCCAACAUGUGCUGUGGAACCCAUGUGUCUAACCUCAGUCACUUACAGGUAAUAAAGCUACUGGGAACUGAGAAAGGAAAGAAAAACAAAACCAACCUGAUCUUCCUGGUGGGGAACAGGGUACUGAAGUAUGCUGAGAAAAGCUACAGCACAGAGAGAUCGCUGGUGUCACUCCUGAAAACUGGACCUGAUGAGCAUGUCGAGGCAGUUGACAAGUUGCAGAAGUCUGCUAAGCUACUACAGAAAACUAACCUGGGCCUGCUUCGAGACAUGGCUGUCCUCAUCGCUCAGAACUUCAAGAGCAACCCCGAGAGAGGCAACUUCUUCAGCUUGCACAAAAAAGAAGGUGACAAUGAGUUCAUGAAUAUCAUUGCUAAUGAAAUAAACACUGAGGAAACUUUGGUUUUCCUGACUGUUGGAGAGGAGAAGGGACCUGGCCUGUUUUUACUGGCUGGACCCAGUGGACCAGUGGCUGAGCUGGGACCUCGGGUGUUAGAGAUUCUCCAAGGGAAGGGGGCAGGAAAAAACGGACGCUUCCAAGGCAAAGCUAACAACCUGGCACAAAGAGGGGAGGUGGAGGCUUUGCUGCAGCAGCACUGCAAACAUCUGGCCUCAGAGGAAGAAUAAACCCUGCAACGGUUCCAUAAAAAUACACAUUUUAUAUGAUGGGAAGCUUUACUUUUAGAUUAUUAACACGCUGACACAAAUUGAUGUCUUAAUGCGCACAUACCAAGAAAUUGAUCAUUUCUGUGAAAAUGUAUAAAAUUGGGAUUUUUGUACAACAUGUGCUGUACAUAUCUGAGUGUUAAAGGUUUUCAUGUAAACUCUCAUCUGUUAAACCUUAUUUUUGUGUGAUCAGCUUUCAUUUUGUUUUACAUUAACACAUAGAGGCUGCAUUAAGUGCCUGGCUCAGGGGCACCUCAGUAUACAUUUUAAAGAAAAAUGCCUCAUGAAGAAAAAAGCUCUUUUAGCAUCCUGUUGUUCACUCACUGUUGGUUUUGACACAUUAAACAUGCAUUUUUUCUCCCACUGCUGAAAUGGACGCCAACACCUGUUGAAUGAUUUAACGUAUUUAAUUUAAAAUAUCUGUGAAAAUGUAAUAUACAAAAGACACACUCGACUCUUUCUUUCCUCUUCUGUAAGUCGUUUUUGGCAGGAUUACUUUGAGUGACCAGAAAAAUAGAAACAGCUGCACAGUGUAAUGCAAUAAAGCACCGCAGUCCUGUAUUAAAUACUACCUCAGUGAAACUCAUCACCUCAUCUUA